GCCGGCAUGAAACACAUCCGGGUCACAGACAGAACGUUUGACCUCUAGCAUAAUGGCUACCUGUUAAUGUGUGUGUACUUUCCCCUGGCCUGUUUUUCUUUUCAUCACACACACAGCCUGUCGCAUGUCAUGCAUAGGUCAGUGCUUCUUCCCAGGUUGACCUCCCAAGUGCUGUACUUUUCCAGAGGAUCAUGUGUGUUGACAAGUCCCACCAGUCGCCUAUUUUAUGGUGGACAGACUCGUUUACCUGGCAGAGAAGGACUGACAGCACCCAUCCAGCGCUGCUGCAAGGGACCCUUUCCACCGCAAGUCACUGGCCUGGUUAAGUACAGUGACGUGUCCACACACACGUACAGUAUGAUCUACACUUUACCGCACAUCAAGCUCCUCCGAGCCAUAUCCAGACUCAAACUGCUUCAAACCGGACUCACCUUAGUCAUCUUGCCCCCUGUCUACUACCUCUAUGUCCAGGGAGACGUCUCCUACUUCCUGGUGGGUUAUACAACAGGGAUAGCGCUGUUUGCCGGUGUCAUGCUGUACACUGCCAGUCACCUCUUCAGGAGGGUGGUUGGGAUGAUGUACCUGGACCCGUCCCAUACCACUCUCAAAGUGUCCCACCUCACAUUCUGGGGCAAGCGCCAUGAUAUGUACCUGCCUGUAACGGAUGUUAUGACCAUCGGGGAUGCGGGGGACACUGUAGGCGAGCCCAUAUUGAAACUGAGGAGAUACAGCACCCCACACACGCUGUAUUUUUCCACACAGUUUGGGCGUGUGGUGGACAAGCAGGGUUUUGAGAAAGUGUUUGGGGCCCUAAAAUGAUGUUUGGUUUGUUAGACGUAGAUUGAUUUUAUAUUACAGACAUGAUGCAUUACAGUAAAGGGAUGCAAUUUUCAGAACUUACUAGACUGUUGUAGUUGUUAUUCUACCCUCUUGGUCAUUAUAUCUACAUGACAAAUGCUUGCUAAUGAAAAGUGUCUUGUGUGUAAAGAUGUCAUGAAAACACCAGUAGUCAUCCUUACAGUGUUGCAAUAUUGAUUGCAAAGUAUCUGGUCAAAGAUAACCUACUAUUUGAUUGUGCCAUAUCACCUGGCCCUGCUCAGCAUCAUGUUCUGAACACUUUGCUAGAAUGUUGUGAUCUUGGUAAAGGUCGUAUGAGAGUUAAAGAUUAUGCAAUGAUGUGCAAUGUCUAACUAUGCUAACUAUAUUUACCCUCUGGUAUGAGCCAGAUGUUGGCAGUCUGUGUGCAGUGUGAAUGAUUGGCUAAUGGGUGUUUGGUAAGGUAGGUUUGAAACUGAAUAACAAGGAUGACCAGUUUCAGGCCUCAGCAAGAUAUUACAACAGUAUGAUCCACGACCCAUGUUGGGCGUAAUAUGUUUACUUUGUAUUUUGCACCGUGUUGGUUUCACAUGGUUUCCAUCAUCCCCUCUGUUUUCAUCACCAUUAGAUUGACAGGAAUGAUAACAGAGUAAUUACAUUUAAAAGUAAUUUUCCCCAACAUUGUCAGUGAUUCAGCUUUGAACUGCUCUCAUCAGACAGCUAUUCCAAAUGGGAGAGUUGUAUCAAUAAAAACAUUACACUGAA